UUUCUGUGGCUGGACUCAGGAUACCAAAGACCAAUUUGACUGGACAAGACAGAAUGGUCCAACCUCCUCAACCAACACUGGACCGUCCACUGACCACACCAUGGGAACUGGAGCUGGCUUCUAUGUAUACAUUGAGGCAAGUCCUGUAGCUCCAGGCAAUAAGGCCAGGCUGGUCAGUCCAAUUGUCCAGUAUUCUGGCUCCGUCCAGUGCUUGACCUUCUGGUACCACAUGUAUGGUCAGCAUGUGGACACCCUUAAUGUGUAUGUCCAAACCAGGCUUAACCUAGGCUCCCCAGUGUGGAGCAAGAAUACCACUCAGGGCAAUGUGUGGAGGCGGGCACAAGUGGAUGUCAAUGCAAAAGUUGCUUUCAAUAUUGUCUUUGAGGGUGUACGUGGUAUAGGAUAUGCAGGGGACAUAUCUUUAGAUGACAUUGAUAUCAAACCUGGAUACUGUCAACAAGGCUCCACUGCUACCCCAGGUGGCACCCGUGCCCCAGCCACUGUGUGUGACUUUGAGAACCCCACUGUGUGUGGCUUUUCACAGGUCACUACUGGUGACCAGUUUGACUGGACAAGGGCCAAAGGAAAAACCAGCUCUGGAGGAACUGGACCAAACACUGACCACACUUAUAACACUGACCAAGGCUAUUAUAUGUAUGUGGAGGCUUCCAGUCCAAGGAGAAAUGGUGACAAAGCACAACUAGUAUCACCUGUGUAUUCCACCACAACACAGUACCAGUGCCUUCAGUUCUGGUACCACAUGUUCGGCAGGAACAUUGGAACACUCAAUGUCUACCUGAAGGUGGGAGCUGUCACAGCAAAGAUAUGGUCAGAGACAGGUGACCAAGGAAACAAGUGGUAUAUAGCAUCCGCCAGCAUCCCUCCUCAAAACAGGCUCUUUCAGGUAGUGUUUGAAGGAGUGAGAGGGACUGGUUACCAAGGAGAUAUUGCCAUUGACGACUAUGCUAUCAAAUCUGGAGCAUGCCCAGUGCCAGGUGGGUAUUACAUUUUUGUGGAAACCUCCAACCCCAGGAAAACAGGAGAUGCAGCACAAAUUGAGAGCCCUACAGUGACACCUGGUGGCCAGUGGAGAAAGUGUUUGCGAUUCUGGUACCACAUGUAUGGAGCCCAUGUAGACAAAUUAAAUGUGUACACCAAGAGUGUUUCCUUGUCCAAACCAAUCUGGACCAAGCAAGGGACACAGGGGAAUGCUUGGAAAUUGGCUGAAAUACAACUUGGGAUCACUGCCCAGUACACUGUUGUUAUAGAAGCCCUGAGAGGUCCUGGAUGGCAAGGUGAUAUAGCUAUAGAUGAUGUCACCCUGUCUGAUGGAAGCUGUCAGCCAGGUGGACCUAUCAAGUUCAGCACACCAAACACUUUUGGCUACAGGAAUGUUUUCCUGGAUCUUAGUGGAGUGACCUCGGUGAGUUUUAAGCUGAAGGCGUGCAGUGACGGUCACAUCCAACUACAACCAACAAAGAGCAGUCCCGAGCAGAUGAAUUAUGAAGCCGUCAUUGGGGGAUGGAGCAACACCCAGUCAGUUAUAAGAGAUUCCAAAAAUGGCCAUGUUGUUACCACCAAGUCCAAGGUACUUGAGUGUGGAGCACUCAAACCAUUCUGGAUCAGCUGGGAUGGUGGACAUAUCCGUGUUGGUCAAGGCUUGGCCACCGGUCAGGGCAUUUUCCUAGACUAUAUAAACCCAACUAAGUUUGUGGUAGGAGGACUGGCUGUCUCCACCGGAUAUGGUGCUGAUGGAUACUGGGAGAUAAAUGACCCCACAGGUUCUGGUACCAAACCCCUGUCCACCUACUGUACAUUUGAGAAUGGCACCUGUGGCUGGACACAGGACACGACUGGUGACCAGUUUGACUGGAUACUGCUGGGUGGUUCCACAGGGUCUGGAGGCACUGGACCUACCACUGACCACACUUAUGGGACUGGAGCAGGUAAUUGGCAAAACAGGUGUCAUUUAAAGAGUAUACGCAAGACUAUGAUGCCUACAAGCUAA